CUUUUUAUGCGAGAACAAUUCCUAAAACCAUCAUGCCCAGGAUAAUCACUGCUGUCUGAAUAAAUAAGUUGGAUAGGAUAAUUAGGUACCUACUUACUUAGGCACACGCCAAACCAAGUACAUGGCGGAAAUUGUGCUUAGAUGUAUCGGAUCAACGCCUACAACAAUGCAAUGUCAAUCUCGGGACUUUCCGACCUGGGUAUCUACCUAGGGAGGUAAAUAAAGAACUCAAGUGUUAACAAGCGCAGAAAACCACCUCGUCACCACCUACUAGGCGAGGAUCAUCCCCACACAAAAGCAGGUAGUGUGGUCUUUAUCUCAAAAGCAUGUUGACUGAUUUCAUAGUUUCAUGUAAAAUCUAACUCUCACGUCGGGUGUUCGGCCUCCUAUAAAUCUUACAGGCCUCGGGAGUAUUUCCUAUGGACGAGUGUCCAUCCGUUACUGUCCAUACCACCUACCUCCGUCGCAUUACUUUAUGCUUCUUGACAGGUUCAGCACUAUGUUGCUCUCCGGGGUAGUUCCGAUCUUAUUGCUGGCCACUCGGUCUCUGGCUGCGACAGUAAAUGCUGCCAUCGGAACGCGGAAUAGUGUCAAUCAUAAUGAGGCGGCAGAGGACCGGCACGGGUACGGGAAGUGGUCCCCGAAGGUCGUAAUUGUCAGCAUGUUCUACCCGGAAGCAGAGGUUUGGUACAACAAUAUGAAAAAUAGCUCUCUGGGUGACCUUCUCGCGAACAACAUCUCCGUGCCGGGUCUCUCCCCGCUGUAUCCGCACGUCCACUGCAAUGGGAACGGCGAGAUAUGCCAACUCACCGUCGGCGAGUCCGAGAUCAACGCUGCGGCUUCGACGAUGGCGUUUGUUCUUUCGGAGCUCUUCGACUUGUCAAAGACGUACUUUCUGCUGGCGGGCAUCGCCGGUGUCAACCCUAAACUUGGCACACUCGGGAGCGUUGCCCUUUCCAGGUUCACGGUGCAGGUAGCCUUGCAGUAUGAAAUCGAUGCGCGCGAGAUGCCUGACAAUUUCUCUACGGGAUACUUUUCGUACGGCACCUACGCGCCCAACCAAUACCCGUCUACCAUCUACGGGACUGAGGUGAUGGAGCUUAACGAAAACCUGAGGGAUGCCGCUGUCAAACUCGCUCAGCGCGCGAAACUUGCCGACUCCGCGGGAGCCGCCGACUACCGGGCGAAGUACGGCACUGCUGCUAACGGACUGUAUGCGGCCGGCGUGGAUGAGCCAGGUGUCAUAAAAUGCGAUUCGGCGACUAGCGAUGUUUACUUCUCCGGCGUAAUGUUGAGCGAGGCGUUCGAGAAUACGACUCAACUCUGGACGAACCAGACCACCAUGACAUACUGCAUGACGGCGCAGGAAGAUAGCUCCGUUCUACACGCGAUAAUGCGAGCUGCGGUCUGGGGGCGGGUUGAUUUCUCUAGGGCUAUCUUAAUGAGAACCGGUUCCGACUUUGAUCGCCCGCCGCCUUCAAUCAGCGCAUUUCAGCAUCUUCGCCUUGCUGAUGAGAAUGGCUAUGAUAUUGCUGUCCAGAACAUCUACAUAGCUGGGGUUGAGAUCGUGAAAGGUAUCUUGAGCGAGUGGGACUCUACCUACCAGAAGGGAGUCAAGCCGUCAAAUUACAUCGGAGACAUCAUUGGUACUUUAGGCGGCGAGCCCGACUUCGGAUUGGGAAGUCUGUUUGGCGGCGUGGGCUUUUCCCGUUCAUCGAACGCUGAUGUUGGUUUAGCGAAGAGGAGGUUGGCGGAAAGAAAAAGGAAUGCCGGCAGGUGGAAAUCAGUCCGUCACGAAUAAUUGUAUAAGUAGGUAGAUUUCGCAUCACCGCAUGAAAACUUCUAAGCGACAGCAUAUUAAUGUCUUCUAAAUUCUAAAAUGUACUGCAAUAUGUCAUUUAUAUUUAUCAUUUAAUUAUGGUUUUUAUUUUUAACGCUGUCUCGAUGACAACUUAGGCAUUCGCGCUCGAGAAGGAUUGUCAAGCAUAUCCAUCCCUUAAACUAUUUAUCCAAAAUAUAUUUACAAAUUGAAACUCAGACAGA